GGGGAUCUGGCGCUACUUUCAACAGAUGCGUUACUUCCAGGGAAUAAAAUAUUGUUCGAAUAAAAGGAGAUAUGAAGAAAAAAAGACCGAUUAAGUGAAGACAAAUUGCCUGUUCAAAUUUUCAAACAUGAUAAAUUAUGAAAAUUAUUCAUCAAACCUGGUUGCACAUUUCUCAUUCAAACGUUAUUAUUCCUUCUGUUGUAUAUAUUUAUUUCAUCUAUGAAUCAGUCGAUUAAAUUGAAUCAGUCUUGUUCUACAUCAUCAAUCCAGGAUAAAUUAAUCAUUAAUGGAGUUCAAACAAAGCCAAGUUAUGUAGACUGUAAUUAUUGCCAUUUACCGUGUACUACUCAAAAACUUAAACCUAAUAUUGGACCAUUAAAUCCUAUUAGAGAUACUUUAUCAAUGAUAAAUUCAUUCCAUGUUACUGAUAGUCAAAAGAAUACUUCUGUUCCAAUUUCAUGUCAAAUGACCUCUUCCAUACUCCCCUCUGAACAAUUUCUACCGCAUUCUGGACGGACAGAUUUUCAACUGACCUCCAAUAAUCACCUGGAAUUGGCGUCAUCAACUACUAGAGCAUUACCUGUUGUACAAUCGAUGUCUUCUUCUUCACCAUCAUCAUCAUCAUCGAAUUCAUUCCCUUUGCCAGUUUUUAAUAAUUUGCCACCGGCUACAUCUUUGGCAAAUCAUACUUGUCCUUCAUACUAUUCAUUUUCACCGCAUAGUUCAAAGCCUAUUUCAAGUGUCAAACCUUAUACAACACUUAAUCAUACACAUUCAUCAUCAGUAUCCUCGAGAAUAAAUAAUGCUAAACAUCAACAAAUGAAUGAACAACAGUCUACACCCAAUACAUCGAUGAUUACCGUUCAUACAACUGAUGAAGCAUGUGCUCAUCAUUCAGUGCAAUCAAAUCCAUCUAACACUAAUCAAUCAAGUCAAAAAAUAAAAUUCCCCAUCCCUUAUUCAACUGUUUUCAACUUUUCACCACAACCGCCAACACCACCAUCACAGGUUUUCAAUGUCAAGGCAGACAGAGAUAAUAAUAAUAAUAAUGGUAAUAUUAAUAACACUACAAACAUAUCCUUCAGUCAACACUCCGUAUCUAAUCAACUUCCAGUAUAUACUACUCUUCCACCAGCUUCCUUUUCUUCCUUAUCACCCUCAUCCGAACCAUCAUCAUCAUCAUCGUUUCUACCACUGCCCUCCAUACCACCAAUCACAUCAUCGUCAUCAUCAUCAGCAGGAUUAUUCUCUUGCAAAAGUUCACCUAAAACAACGUCACAUACACCCCCUAUAUCCUCCGUACUGAAUAAUAGUAUCGGUAACACCAAUGUAAGUAGUCAAUCUGACAACAAUAAUAAUUCAUUUGUGUCAAACGGAUUCAAAGAUAGUUUAGCGAGUAGUAGUAGUAAUAGUAGCUCAACGUGUGAUUCAAAUGCUGGCAAGAAGUGCUGUACUCCUUCUCGUCUACUUCUUCUUCCUCCUCCAACUUCUUCAGAUAAUAAAGAUCUGCCUACAUCAAAUAAUACAGAGUGUUCAAAUGCUGAAGAAAAAUUACAAAGUCUUCCACGUUUCAAUUUACGUUAUGCUAAUGUGCUUCAGUAUCCAAAAUAUUCAAAUCGGAGAAAUUCAGGUUUUGAAAGAAGACUUAAGCAUACUGGACUUGUUUUAGACGCAAAACCAACCUUGCGCCUGUUACGCAAAUUCUUACAACCUUUUGUUAAUCGUGAUGUUGAUCAGAUAAUCAAAAAAUAUAUGGAUAAUUUCAUUCUACUCGCUGUGAAUAAUAUUCGUGAAGUAUUAGGCGAACAGUCAGUGUCUGAAGCGGAUUUGAGCAAAUUUCGUCAAAGUUUAAUACGAAGGGCUGCAAUGCGUUAUUUCCCUGAACGUUCUCACGGAAGUCCUGCUAAUCGACAAGGGGGUUUAAGUAACCCUAUACAACAAACUGGAUCUAAUACAUUUGAUGCUGGUGUACAAAAUAAAGAGCACAACACUCAAAAGUCAAUGAUAAAUGUAACUGCACAGGCCAAAACAAGUUCUUCUGUAUCAGUAUCGAAAUGUCCCAAUAAUAGCAAACUUCAAUCUGGCAUUCCAACUCCCGAUUCAUCAGAAUCAUUAUCUUGUGAUAAUUCACCACAUCUUUCACCGAAUCCAAUAUCAGAUUCAGGCUCCCUGGAGAAACCUUCAUUUAUUACUACGAAUAAUGUAGACAGUCGUACAGAUAAAACGCUUAAAACUGUUCAAUCGAAUCAUCGAAGACCAAUUUCCCGGGAUGGUAAUGGUUCCCAAUACAGUCUAAGAAAUAAUACAUCGUUGGGAAAUUCGCGAAAAAGACCACAUCUAUCCAAUAAUCAUGCAACAGCUUCCUCUGAGUCCUGCGAUAAUCCGAUAUCUGAUGGAAAUAAACCUUUGGUGACUAACUGUCCGCCAAUCAUUACAGAUGACAACAAUAAUAUAAUUAAUGAUCUACGAGAAAAUUGUCCAAGUUUACAAUUGUCUUCUCAUUCAUCCCCGUCAUCAGCCUCAUCAAAUUCUACAGUUGGCUUCUUUCGUGAUGUAUGUAGUUCGGAUAGUGAAGAAACUUUAAUAGGUUCUAAUACUACGGGAUCUGAACAGGCGACUACAUUCACAAAAUUAUCAGCCUAUGAAUUUAAUCAAUCAUUCACCGGUGUAACAUCUACUGUCCCUUCAAAUGUUGUCCAAUUGCGUAGAAAUAAGCCGAAAGUAUCAUCAAGAGGUCGAAAAACUCCAUGGUGGGAUAGAACUCGUGCUAAAAAAUCUAAACCAAGUAUAGCUGAUAAUGAUGAUGGUGGUGGUGAUGCCAAACUUUCAAAAAGUAGUAAAAAAGGAACUGACAACCAUAAAGAAAAGUUGAUAAAUGGAAAAAAACCACUGAAUCAAGGUGACAAUCGAACCCAUAAUGUGUCAUUAAGUCAAGAUGUUCUUUCUUCUGGGGUCAACAAUAAUAAUAACGAUAGUAAUCAAAGUAAUAGUAGCAAUAAUCAUAAUGAUGUCUCCAAUGUCACUGAAUUGUACAGUAACCAAUCACAUACACAACAUCAUAGCGAUGAUACGCUUGAUGAGAAUAGUAAUACACACAGUCGUGAAACGUCUUCACGUUUAUUUAGAAAAACGUGUCCUGAAGUAAAAAACAAUAGAAAUACAUCUACUCCUGAUGCUACUAUAAUCAAUAACAAUGAUAAAUCAAAAAAGUUUACCCUGGACCACAAUACAUCCUUCGCUUUGGGUUCAACAGCAAACUCUUGGCUUGGAAUGGGCACGGCUCGUGGUCGCAUUUAUAGUAAACAUCCAGAAUUAUUUCGUUAUGUUUGUGAUAAUGAAGAUAAAGCUUGGCUUGUUCAAACCGGUGUAAUAGUUAGUCAUGGUGUCAAAGCCUACCUAGUUCAUGCAGAACAAGUUUAUCAUAUUGCUGAACAAAUCAAUUCGCAGAUCACAAAAUCUUCUAUUGGACGUGGUGCUGAAAAGCUGAAAACAUUUAAAUUACCACAAAAGAUUUUACAAAAGGUCAGAAAUGCUGCAUUAAAUCAUUCAUUUUUCUCACAUAUCAUAUCUACUGAAUAUGAUGUUAUUGAUGACGAUGAUGUUGGUGAAUUAAUGAAUAACACAAAAGCAUUAAAGACAAAGCCUCAUAAUUCCUCCUCCACCUCCUCAUCGUCAUCAACAGUAGCAGUGCCGCCUCGAACAAAUUAUCGGAAUAGAUCAAAGACAGACAUCCCUCUGCAUACAUUAAUGAAUCAAACAAAAUCUACUGAUCUGGUGUCAGACAGUUUUCAAAUGCAGAUCAUAUUUAUCAAUUUCUCGAAAAGAAUAUUCUUUCAUGCAUUUAUUCCCCUUGAUGCAUUUGAACAAAGCAAGAACUACAGUUUUACAGAAUAAACCGCUACCAUCAUUGCUUAUUUCGUUGUCUUCUCGUCAGCUGCUUACAGGCCAAAGGCAUUAUUAAAUAUAUCUAUAAAAACAAUUUUAACAUACUUGCACAGAGUUAGGUUUAAACAAAAAUCAAUCGAUCAAUAUACUCAUACACGAAAAAUAUACACAUAUAUAAAUAUGCAAUAUUAAACACUAUUCCGAACAAUAAUAAUCAUACACAAUGGAAACAUUUCAGCAUUACGCAUUCAGAUGAAAGAGAGAUGAAAAUAUCCAGUUACCAGCACGGAAAAGAAAGACUGAUAACCGCUUCUUUCUGGACGCACAAAUCAGGUUUCAGGUGCCUAAUGGAAAUGGCUUCAGCAAACUUGAGGAGAAUUGAGCUCUUUUGCCUGACUAUUGAUAAUUUUGAACGACUUUUCGACGUCCACCUCAUGACCCGUGUCGAGGAGAUGCCUGGUGAUGGCACUGUUUAAAGCACUUGUUCCCUUUAGACAUAAGCUUUUUGGUACAUGUUCAGAAAAUCCUAGAUAUGCCCUUCUUUUUCUGUCCUUCCAAUGUAACUGCUCCCGAAGAUACAUGUAAAUGUGUAUAUACAGUUGGAGUUAACGUGAGAAGGAUACCUAUCGAUUUUUGAUUGCACCAAAUAGCAAGUUGUUCGAUAGACGGGGACGAGCUUAGCUGCAGUAUAGGCUCUGGUUAGUGAUGUACUCAGCCUUCUGUUGACCGUUGCUGCAAUGUUUUCACCUUUAUAAUCGAGCUGAAAGUUGAUUGGCUUUUUUUCCACAGUGAUUUUUUUACAUUUGUGACUUCAGAUCUUCGAUACUUGUUGAUGAACCUUUGAGGGUACCCAUUGCUCUUUUCUUCUAAUUUCUCUAUAGAGCAUAUUCUCCUCGCUCUAUAGUACAGAGUCUUGACUAGUCCGUGUUUAAAGCUAUUUGAACAAAAGCUAUUAAAAUGUGGGUAUUGUCCUUUCCAUGUAGUCUUGCAGUAAAUUGACUUCUGAAGACUACCGUCUUCUAGGCUUCCCAUGGAAAUGUCAAAGUAAUGGAACUUCCAUCAUUUUCAUGUUCCAUUGUAAACUCAAUAUUGGUGUGUGCAUCAUUGAAUAAUCUGAGUAAUUGUGAAGCUUGACUUUCAUUGUUGCACACUAUAAAUGUGUCAUCAACAUAUCGACAAUAGGAAGUUGUUUCGUCAAUGGCAUGCUUCAACUUUGUUCUUUCAAGGUUGGACAUGAAUAUAUCUGCUAGAACAGGACUAAGUGGACUUCCCAUUGCUACACCAUCUAUUUGGAGGUAAAGAGUGUUGUCAAACUGGAAUCACACAUCCAUGGUACACAUUAAUUAGUAGUAGGCGUUUGAGUUCCAAGAUUGAGAGUGGAAAAACAUCAAACUGCUGAUAAAUGAUCUUAAUGGUUUCAAUGAUUGAGAUCUCUGUGAACAAGGAGGUUACAUCAAAUGACACCAUGGACUUAUUAGAAACGUUCAUGUGGUUCACACUUUCGGUGAGAUGAAAUGACUCCUUCAUGGUGUACAAGGCUAGCGGCUUACAAUGGGUUCCAACUUCUCCGCAAGCCAACGUGCAACCUUAUGUUGGAGCAAGUUGAUCGUCGAAAGUAUAGGUCUCAAGGAAACUUGUUUUUUGUGUAUCUUCGGAAGGCCAUCCAUGUAUCGCAAGUGAUAGGAUCCCACAUGUUUUGGUAUUGACUGUUUAAUCUUGCAUAUAUGGUAUGUUGUCAUUCUCACACAUUUUGGUAUUGACUGCUAAUUUUGUAUAUAUGGUAUAUUAUCAUUCUCACACAUUUUGGUAGUGACCGUUAAUCUUGUAUAUAUGGUAUAUUAUCAUUCUCACACAUUUUGGUAGUGACUGCUAAUCUUGUAUAGAUGGUAUAUUAUCAUUCCCACACAUUUUGUUACUGACUGUCAACCUCGCACAUAUGGUAUAUUAUCAUCUCUCACGCACUUUGUUAUUGGCUAUCAAGAUAAAUUAUUUCAAACGCUGUUAGCUGUCCAUAUUGUUGUAAAAUGUAUAAAUACCAUGGCUUUCUUUCUCGUUGUUGCACUUCAAUACACAGUCACAGUCC